GAACACUAACCUUGCGCCUUCAUUUGAGCUCAGUUCUACGCCUCAAAAACAUCACUACCGGCGGGCCUCUAUCUCACCUACAGCUCUACGUAGUCCGGUCUCUGUUCCGACUUCGAAACACCAUCUACAUCCGCCUGCAUGACUAUCCGUUCCAUUCCAACUAGCCGUAUCCUUGCCCUUACUCAAUUUUUGUUCGCCUUGAUGGACCCCAAUCCCUUGAAAUCACCUGUGAUGGACGAGGCCGCAUGGAUGCUCGAGAGGUUGACCCUAUUGGAGACCUCUAGCGCUUUAUUCCCUUCGCAAACCGCCGAGGACCUGAUGCACAUGAAUACCGCUGGACGGCCAGAUGAACACUGUACGGGGGACAUGAAGGACCAAAAACGUAGACGCCGUCACGGGCGUCCUCUUUCCGCCACCGCCUCCCCGUAUAUCUUGCCCAGUAUUCUAUCCUCUGCGAUUUCCACCGACGCUUGCCCGCCGACUCCAAAUAUCAACCCCUCGUGCUCGUUCACCCUCUCUGCGCCCCCCGACUCCAUCCCCCCUCUUCUAAAUAUGUCCCUCCCUACGGUCUCUUCCACCGACUCGAUCGCGUUGACCCCCACACACAUCACCAGCGUGAAGACAACUCCGGCCCAGCUGUACGCUCUGGGUUUCGUCUCAGAUACCUCAACAGAGCUUUCCACGAGCAAAACACAUCUCGGUCUUGGUCUCUACAGAGAAUGUGGUACUCACCUCGAUGGGCUCGGCAUUUUGCCUCGGCGUUCCGACGGCGCCGCACAUGAGGAAGCGGACGUUCCUUCCCGCAUAUUUCUCGAGGAGAUAUAUCAAUCCUUCUCUAGCCCCGGGUCCUUCUCCGCUCGCUCGUUCGGUUCUUCGCGUGACUUGUCUACCACAGAUGAACUCGACGAUGUAUUCAUCGAAGGCGGUAGUCUGGGAUCUUUCACACGAAACGCCAUGUCUGGGAAUGGCUCGAGUCCGAUGAGAACGGGAAGGCCUGCCAAACGGUCCAGGGUCUGCAGCGUGGAAUCGCAGAUGAGGGCCUUCAAGUGGGACUAUGUACGGCCGACGAUAGCUAGCCGCGCGAAAUCAGUAAAGGCGGAAGAAAGGGAUGCGGAAGGGACAGCGAAGCCCCUAUGGAGAUUCUAGACAGCGGAGGAGGGGCCUUAUAGCAUCUUGACUGCGACGUUGAGAGGGCCGGACAUGUAUUUCUAUUGGAUGGGACUUUCUCACUAGCCCUCAUGUCAUCAUAUAGACAGAAUCUAUGCUGCGUGCUGUAUUCC